UUGAGCUGUCGUCGCGUAGCAGAACACGCAGCACGCUUGAAGGAUGUUGCUUUUGUUCUAAAGGCAUAUGUUCUUCAGCAAAACCAAAACCAGACACCUUCGGGUGACGUUGAUAGUAUAUGGAAUUUGCGACGUCGCUUGGAGGCUUCUGAAGCAGCGCUUUUGCGUGCUCGCACCGGCAAUGUCGCCAUGCAACGCCAAGUCGAGGCCGGGCUUUCAUAUCGCCGUGAAGUUCAGCAACUCCGGUCAGAAAUAUCAAUGUAUCGGGAUACAAUUGCACAGUACAGGAAUCUGAUCGACGAAGGCAAUCGCUUCAGAGAUGACCUUCGCAAGGAGUUGGAACAGGCCAGGAAGUCUGCAUCAAGUGCAAGGGCUGAUUUGGCAAGAGAACUGCGACAUCAAAAUCGCCAAUCCUAUCCAUCUACUACUUCUGUUGAUGCUCAUAGUCGAUGGCUUGAAACCCAAAACGAGGAAAAUUUGAAGCUACAAGAAUCUGUUCGCUCCCUGACAGCCAAGGAAAUGGCAUUAUCAGAGCAGCUUUCUAGUAUCAGGGUCUACGUCCAAGAGGAAAUUGAUCGCAUCUCAUUCUCGAAACGCAAGCACCCUGCAUCAAUGGUAAGCUCCCGAGACUGGUUCUUGGGCUUGGCGGGCCUGCUCGGUCUUCCCACUCCUUCUUUGUCUUCGUCUCAACGUGUUUCGGAGGCAAUAUCUGCCGGACACCUCGUCAAUGAAGAUGGUCUGUCACUCCCCCAUAAACUUCAUCGGAGUAGACAGUCGAAGCGUGUUCCUAUCGCCAGCAAUGUGACUGGAAAUACUUCAUGCGUUUCUGUCUUUAUUGAAGCCAACGCAGCAUCGACGACGUCCUCGCAAAUGUUAUCUACAAAAUCAUUACAAAAGAAUUCUUCAUAUACUUCAGCGCCGGAGCAUAAACUGGGUAAACGUGAGGUGAAUGUUGACUGCAUCUAUGAGGUACCAUGUAAAAAGCGCCAUCGAAAAAUCGCCCCAUCAUCUUCAGCACUUGAGAACGUCUUAAACGAUCUUGAUGAGCUGACAGAUAAUUCAGACAUUCAGAGUUUUGCCAAAAAGCGACCUCGUAGAGAAACCUCAUCCGAAAAACGCUGUAUGCAGCAACCAUUGGAGUCUCUUCUAUCAUCUUCAGCAGUAAAACGCAAGCGAAGAACCACCACUGAAAAGGCACCAGGGGCAACAACCCAAACCCCGUUUCUUCGAAACUCAUCAUCUCCUUCUAUAGCUUCUCCUACUAGGCUCUUUACUCCUCCAAAUGAGGAACAUGGAAGAAAUCCACAUAACAAACGCGACUCAUCUUGUGACGAUAAAAAAGAGACUUCGGCAUAUUCCGUGCAAGGCACCUCGACAAGUCGACGUACUAGAUCGCAAAAAGGCAAGGCUAAGUCCACCAGUACCUCAAACACCUUGCACACGCCAGAACUUAAACUCCACGCCACGUCUUUGCCACCAGUCGUUGAACAAGAUAGCCACACCUCUGCUUCCUCCUCAGAUUCCCCGUGCACUCCACCCGGCUCCAAGACCCCACCACUUCCCGACAGUGGAAAUUUAAAUCAGUUGAAUGAAAAACCGUCCGUAGAUCUGGACGAUGCAUCGCCUUUGAUUGAAAACGGAGACGCCUCAGAUCGCAGUUUUAUGUCGCCUGUUUUACGACCAACAUCGACCAAGCAUCCGAAACGACUCUCACCCUCCACUGCCGCGGGCCGCCAAUCCACCAUCAAAGCCGCAUGCUGCAGAGCUCUUUUCUGCCAGAAGGAAAGCCACACUGGAGCACAAUCAGUUUUUGAAUCCAACUCCGUGCAAUGCACAUCUCGUGCAAAAAUCUAUAGCCUCAGAAGUGAUUCGAUGGAGGGGAAUCCCUCAAAAAGCCGUCUCGAACAAAAUGACGUUACCCCUGCCGAUUUGUCUUCUUGGGAGAGGAACCAAACACCCUCCAUAGCGGUUGCUAGCCCACCGAAGGAAAUGCCCUACACCAGCCUCACUGAAAUUAUCACCGCGAAAUUUUCCAAGUCGCUUUCAGAUUGGUUUAACGACCUUACGGAUUACGAGGAGCCGGAUCCGCCAGUGGUCGAUGGACCUCCACAACGACUUCAGAUUGUUGAAUCUAAGUCCCUUGUGACGACCUCGCCAGUCUCUCCACUUAAUUCUUCUGAUGCAACCACUCCAAAGCGGUCCUCUAUACCUCGGGGAAGCUAUUUAGUAAUGGAGUCAGGCAUAGUCGACGGUCUGAACCGUCGAUCCCUUCUAGAUGAUUUGACAUCUCACUUUACUGGUCAGUGCUCUUUUAAUCAGGUUCCAAAUAACAUCCCCAUGGACGUCUUUUGUGACGCGCUUAUUCGAGCAGUUGAUCUGUCGGAGACGUCUGUCUCAGUUGUUUCGCCUCCUGAAGCUGUCUACCGGGCUGCGGACUUGUUAAGAGCAUCGGGCAGACGAAUGGACGCUUCUUUAUUCGCCUGCUGGUUCCGCGUCCGUAAGCACGGCAAACGGAAGCGCAGAUGUCUGCCUCGGCCUCCUGUGCAAUUUUACCGACUGGCUCAGACUGCCUUUUUGUGCUGCCAGAACCACGUCGACCAACUGCUGUACCAAUUAGCUGCUUUUGUGCUCUUUAACGGCAACUCGACCGCUCCAAUGUCGUGUCUUCUUCUUGCCUCGGGCUCCCUGCCUUCAGCACCACCCUCCAGUCUUGACACCGUCUACCAGUUUUUGGUUUCCGAGGAACCGUCAGUGAAUGAUUUUUUCACUCACGCUCUCACUGAGAGGCGUUGGUCAGUUCAGACUACGGGGCCGUCUCUACGAGAUUUGCUCUGUAACCUGGUUGAUAAAGUUUGCCAUCGAACAGAAAACGAAAAUGUUGAGGCCAAUCUAAAAGCCCUGCGGUUGAUCCUCACUGCGAAGGCAUUCAAUGAGUUGGACGUGAAAAAAUCCUCUACCUACCGAUUCGGUCUCAUCGGCUGGCUUCUUAAGGCGAGGCUGAUGAAUUGGAUCAGCAACCUCGCAAAAUCGUAA